CAGGAAAACGCUGGAGCGGAGCUGGAGCUCCACACACUGCAGAGGAGGAGGGAGCAGGAGGACUCCAGGCACAGGAACAUGUCAGCCUGCUCUGCCACUGAGGGACGCAGCAGCCACAGCCACAGCCACGACCACGACCACGUCCUCUGCGUUACUUCUGAGCACUGUUUCACACUUAUGCUCCUCUGAAAUCCUCCACCACAGACCCUCUACCUCUGCCGCCACUGCUGCUGCUGCUUCUGCUCUCUCCCUGUCUCCUCCUCCUCCUCCUCCUCCUCCUCCUCCUGCUGCUGCCGCUGCCUCUGCGCUCCGCCGUCCCGUCGCCAGGAUGGACAAGUCUCUCUGCAGUCCGCAUCACGGGACCAACAAAUCAAACUCUUCCCCCACCACAGAGCGAGGGAACUCUUCAUCAUCAGCGACGAGGAAGCCCGUGGGCCGGAGUGGGUCGCACAGCCCUGUCUCCGGCGGAGCAGGAGGAGCAGGAGGAGGCGGAGGAGGAGGCAGCAGCAGCAGCAGCAGCCGGGGAGCUGUGCUGGGGAACAGCAUGAAUCUGCAGCAGCAGCAGCGCAGGAGGCAGCAGGAAGGAGUCCUGAGCAAAUACACCAACCUCCUCCAAGGCUGGCAAAACAGGUACUUUGUGUUGGACCCAGAGUUGGGACAUCUGCAGUACUUUGUCAAUGAGCAGGGGAAAAGCCAGAAGCCCCGCGGGUCCCUGCCCCUCAUCGGCGCCUCUGUAACCCCGAGCGACGAGGCGCCGCACAUGUUCAUCGUAAACUCCGUCAAUGGAGAGCUGUACAAACUCAGAGCCUCUGAUGCCAAAGAACAGCAGUUUUGGAUCAGUCAGCUUCAAGCAUGUGCCAGACGUCACUCCGACAGCAGUGCCAAGGUGAGGAAGCUGAAAGGCUCCGACGAACACCUGAGUGUGGAAAGAGCAGGAGGAGGAGGAGGAGGAGGAGGAGGCCAGGAGGUGCUGGGAUAUUCAUCCUCUGGUCGGACCCGUAGCUUCUCCCUGCUCCCUCACUUAACCCCGUCUUCAUCCCCGGCUUCCCAGAGGCACCUGGGCCCCGCGGCCACACCCAGCAACAUCGUCUCCAUCACACACCACAAAUCUCCGGCUGCAGCUCGGCGGGCUAAGAGUCAGUACCCAGGUCGCCUGCUGGAGGUCAAGGAGGUGAUGUCCCAAGCAGAGGGCCAACAAAAGAACCUGGUCCAUUCCAUUGACUCUCUACCCACCAAAGGCCCCCUCUCCUGUCUGGACCAGGACCUGCUGCUGCUCAAAGCCACGUCCGCUGCCACACUCAGCUGCCUGGGCGAGUGCCUGAACAUCCUCCAACACACGCAGAGCCGCGGCCAGGCGCCACAUCACUCUCAGGCCUCCCAACGUAACCACGCUGCCCACGGAGCCCCCUCCGAUGGUGUUCCUGUGUGGACUGUACCAAAGUCGCCCUCAGGGGAGCAGUUGAAGAACGGAGGUCUGACGCCUCUACGAUCAGCCGAGCCCUGGCCGGCCCUCAGGAUAAGGAGUCUGUCCCAUGGUGCUGAGCACCACCCGGGGCUCGAGGACAUCAGCCCCACUGAGGAGGUGACCGAUACAGAGGACAACGAUGAGGAGGACCUGGGCGUCCUGGACGACCAGCGGAGCAUCAUCCUCCACCUGCUCUCCCAGCUCAAACUGGGCAUGGACCUCACACGGGUGGUGUUACCCACCUUCAUUUUGGAAAAGCGAUCACUGCUGGAGAUGUACGCCAACUUCAUGGCCCACCCCGAUAUGUUCCUGUCAAUCACAGCUGGGGCCACAGCAGAGGACAGAAUCGUCCGCUUUGUGGAGUAUUAUCUGACCGCCUUCCACGAGGGCCGGAAAGGAGCGGUGGCCAAGAAGCCCUACAAUCCCGUGCUGGGCGAGACCUUCCACUGUUCAUGGGAAGUGCCUCGGGACAAAGUCAAACCUCUGGUGAGAUCUAACCAGGGGUCGACGUGGGAGCCGAGCAGGGGCGCCAACAACGCGCAGCAGGGGGACGAGUCACCGGGAGGAUGCUACAGAGUCCGAUAUGUGGCCGAGCAGGUUUCCCAUCAUCCACCGGUGUCAGGGUUUUACUGCGAGUGUCAGGAGAGGCGGAUGUGCGUCAGCGCUCAUGUAUGGACCAAGAGCAAGUUCAUGGGCAUGUCUAUAGGAGUGUCCAUGGUGGGAGAAGGAGUCCUGUGUCUCCUGGAGCACGAUGAGGAGUACGUCUUCACGUUGCCUUGUGCCUACGCCCGCUCCAUCCUCACCGUUCCCUGGGUGGAGCUGGGGGGCAAAGUGUCCAUCAGCUGCGUCAAGAGCGGCUACUCGGCCACCGUCACCUUCCACACCAAGCCAUUCUACGGAGGGAAGGUGCACAGAGUGACGGCGGAGGUCAAACACAACCCGACCAACACCAUUGUGUGUAAAGCACAGGGCGAGUGGAACGGCACGCUGGAGUUCACCUACAGCAGCGGGGAAACCAAAGUGAUCGACACCACCAAGCUCCCAGUCACCAGGAAGAAGCUCCGACCAGAGGAACAACAGGGGUGGACCGAGUCCAGGUUGUUAUGGCAACACGUCACCAAAUCCCUGAAGGAAGGAAACAUCGAUGAGGCCACGGAGCACAAACACAAGCUGGAGGAGCGACAGAGAGCGGAGGAGAGGAAGAGGACAGCUGAUAACAAACCCUGGACACCCAAAUACUUCACUAAAGAGGGCGACGGUUGGAUCUACAACAACCCACUGUGGAAGUCGACCUGACGGCAGAGCGACUCUGCGCCCCGACGACCGAGACCCCGCCUCCACGCGCCGAGGACGGGGGUCAGGGGGUCAAAGUGGGAGUCAGCGGUGUCUUCCACUGACCUUCAGACUCAAACUACCAACCCUUAUGGGACACACUCUUCAAAGAAGCAAAAGGUGCCAAAGGGAUGUCCACUGUUAUGAACCAAGACCUUGGGACAGAAGUACUUUUUAUAUACAGUUAAUAGUAUUAAUAUUCAAAGUAGAGUAUUUCUAUUUUUCACCUUGCCAAGGCCUUUUUUGCACAUGCACAGUAAUGACAUUAACCACCGGUUUUCUCUUUUCUUUUCUCAUGUUUUGGUUGAAAGCUUUCCGUUUGUCACGCAGCAUUCCUACCAAUCAAUGGACGUUAAUGUUAAUUAAUACACAUUAUACGCGUAGCUGUAUGGAAGUAUGUACUAUAAUAAUACGUUGUUUAUAAAGCACUUUUACCAUAGAAAUUAUUUUACUAUUUUAUAUCUAUGGCUUUUACCAAUCAGGGUCGUCUCUAAGAGCUUAAAGGAAGAUUAAAAAAACAAACAAACAAACACCUGAGCAGAUUUAAUACGAUACAAAUCCAGCGCGUACUCUAUUAGAUGAUGUGUUUAUGUUAUUAUACAGUACAGAACGAUGAGCUACUAGAAGUUAAGAGGUCCUGAUUGUUUUGUCUGCACUAUGAAUGUAUGUGGACACGUUUUGAUAGUACGCUACAUUGUGCACCACGACGCGCUCUUUGUUUUACCCGUUAUAAUUCAACGCCGUCACGUCGUUACCAGUGACACCGCGUCACCCACCGAGUGAGACGCCUCCACAUCCCAUUACUACCUCUCUCAUUCAGACAUUCAAGCCAUUAGGCACUUUUUCCGUCUCCCAUCUAAAGAUAAAAACGCCGGUUUGUUUGUGGUGAAUUGUUCUAAUUGUUUCCCUAUCUGUGCCCUCACAGUGGCACUUGUGUAAUUAAGCAGCCGCUGCACACGCAGUUAAUGCUUCUCCUUAGGUCGCCCCUGGUGAUGAAUAUGGAUGAGGCUCGCUCUCAUAUCUGUGUGUUGCUGGAAGGUUCCCUCUGUGAAGACGAGAGGAAUCUACCAGAAUAGCAAUCACAGGGAGCAGCAGUAGCGGGAGAGGAAAUGCAAUCGUCACGCAACUGUACUUUUCACCGUUUUACAGUAAAUAUUUGAUGCAUUACGUUGACAAUGUCCACAUUGAAUUGUUUCCCUAAAAUGAAGCAAAGGAACCAUUUUAAGUUGAGAAAAUGUCAGUAUAUUCACUUCAUCUUGUUCUCUGCUGAAAAUGUGUUUUUAUGGUCUUUUAGUGUUUCUUAUUUGUCAUGAACAGACAUUUUACACUUGUUUCCAUUAAACUUACUGAUGUAUUGUAAUAUUGGUAUUUUGAGCCAAGUGAAUUUACCAGAUGCCAGUUUGUAGCCUAUAAGCCAUAACAGUACAUGGCAUAUUCUAUUCUAAUCUAUUCUAUUCUAUUAUAUACUGCAGAAGUGAGAAAACUAAUUGUCACCUGUUACUUUACCACAGUUUGUUCCUGUUUUAUUACACUCGCCUUACAUAAAACUAACAAGUUUUCUAAGUCCACAAGGAUCCAGACUCACCCGAGUGGACAGUGAUUGUGGAUUAAUGAAGGACUGACCGUGAAUAAAGACCUUGUAUGUUUUUAAAAAUGAUUUCAGCUCAUAAUGAUUCCUGUAAAAAUGAUGUACAAUACACUGAAACUUCACCUUCACACACUUUGAAUUAUAAACUCAGUGUUUUCAUCCAAACUGCUGAGUGACUUCAGCAUGGAUUAUCUAAUCCUAAUUCUGAACAAGAGUUUAUACUAGGGCUGAAACA